UUCGUAUUGUCCAAAAAAUAUAUAUAAUUAUCUUCCGAAUCUGUGUGGAGUUUAACUAGGGUUUUUGGAAUUUGGAAUAAAGGGAAAGAGAGUGCAUCUUCUUCUUUUUGUUGUAGUUGUCGAACUUCAAAAUCUCAUAAAUUAGCAGAAGGAAGAAGAAUUUGAUUCGACAAUCGUAGCGUAGCGUUGGUGCGAUUCGCGAUACGAUGGGAAGAGGAAAGUUCAAGAGCAAGCCCACCGGUCGCCGCCAGUUCUCCACCCCGGAAGAACUCCUUGCUGGAUCCUCUAAUCGUCCUCGAACAUUUAAACAGAAAGAAGCCGAGCAUGAAGAAGAACCCGAAGAAGUAUCUGGGGGUGAAUCUGGAGAAGAAUCUGAAGAAGAAACUUCAAAGAAAAAAGGAACUCAAGGGGUUAUUGAGAUUGAAAAUCCUAACUUGGUAAAGCCAAAGAGUGUGAAAGCUAGAGAUGUUGAUGUUGAAAAAACAACAGAACUUUCAAGGCGUGAAAGAGAGGAGAUAGAGAAACAAAGAGCCCAUGAGCGCUAUAUGAGGCUGCAAGAGCAAGGAAAAACAGAGCAAGCAAGGAAAGACUUAGAACGUUUAGCACUUAUACGUCAGCAAAGGGCAGAAGCUGCUAAAAAGAGAGAAGAAGAGAAAGCUGCAAAGGAGCAAAAGAAGGCUGAGGCGCGCAAGUGAAUUUCCUGGAAAAUGUCAUGUCGCCAAAUUUACUCCAAUUAGUAGGAGGAAUAUGUGCUCUUACUACACUUCCAACAUUGUGUCCAUCUAGCUUUAUAAUGGUAUUACCAUACCAAGCUGGUAACAUGUAAUACAAUUAUUUUCAUAUUCUCUGGUUUAAAAAUCGUUAUUAUACAUAUAUAGACGUUUAUCUCCACAUGGGGACCAAGUUAA